AUGCUAACAAUAUCUUCUUCAUCUUUAACACCAAUAAUUCGUGGAUCAAUUUUUCGUCGUCGUCGUUCAUCAUCAUUAGAUCUUUAUCGUCCACGUACAAUUAUUAUUGAAAAACCAACACCUAGUGCAUCCUAUGGCUUUUCAAUUCAAACAUAUGGUUUUGCUUCAUUAAAUUCUUUAUCAACCGAUGAAUCAGCAUGUUCACUUAUAUCUUCAUCAUCAGAAAGUACAACAAGUCGUAAAUCAUUAACAUCAAAUUCAUUUAGUUCAUCAUCACAAAUAGCACCAAUACAAUUAGUUACAUAUGUUGAUUAUGUACAAGAUAAAAGUCCCGCAUGGGAAGCAGGUUUACGUUCUGGUUCAGUUAUUUUAUCUGUUAAUGAUCAAACAGUUGAAAAUGAUGAUCAUGAAAAAUUAGUUCAACGUAUAACACAAACAUCAACAGCACAAUUGAAAUUAGUUGUUAUACAACAAAAUAUUAAUAAACAAAUAGCAUUAUGUGAACAAUUACAACAGUUACAGAAACAAUUACAUGAAAAAGAAGAAGAAUUAGAAGAAUUAUGUAAACAAGAAAUGACUGGUGAAGAAGAUGUAUCCGUUAAAGGUAAAUGA